CCUUUCAUUGAUAGGGGGAAAUAUAUUACAUUUCUUUUGUUGAGGUUUUUAGGGCUUUGAGUCGAAAACUAAAGUUCCCAAUCCCAUCCUUUGAGUUUCAGAAAUUUGAGAGGAGAGAGAAAGAGAUGGGAGAUAUGGAGACUCAAAAGGGUUUUGAAAUUGAUUUGGGAAAUUUAAUGGCUUACAACCCUAAUCAUCAUUUUUCUUCUAUUCCAUCUUCCAGGGAAGAACUAGUGAAACAAUGCUUGGAGAAGGGAACGGAAUUAGCACAAACAAUAGCAGAUGCCCUUUUCAAUUUGCCGGCGACUGAAGAUGUAGAUGGUCCUAUGGUUACUUUGCCUGCUCCAAGUACUAGACUUCCUAGACAGAAGCAUCUACCAAAACCAAAACCCCCAACAAAAUGGGAGUUAUUUGCCCAGAAGAAGGGCAUAAAGAAACGUAAGAAAGACAAAGUUGCAUAUGAUGAGAAGACUGGCACUUGGAAGCGCACAUAUGGUUAUGAUCGUGCUAAUGAUGAAGAUGAUGUCCCCAUCAUUGACGCCAAGCCAACUGAUGAGCCCGGUAUCGAUCCUUUUGCCAAGCGGAAAACUGAUAAAAAGCAGCGAGUAGACAAGCAAGAGAAAAAUCGUUUAAAGAAUCUUAAGGAAGCACAAAAAUCCGGUGCCCUUCCGAGUCAUGUUCAACUAGCUGCCACCGCCUUGCCUAUAACCGGAACUCAAGCUGCUCCAAAGAAACUCAGUAAAACUGAAUUAGAGGAGGUAGCUGGUGCAGCAGCAAUGUCUACAGCCAGUAUCGGGAAGUUUGAUAAGAAAUUACCCGGAGAAAAGCCGCUUAAGAACAAAGGAAAGCAUCGGAAGUUCUUGCCUGUUGCACAAGGAAAAGGUAUGGGUUUACAAGAGAGAGAGCAAACGGAAAAGAUUCUAAACAAGCUCAUCUCCAAGCAUUCUCACGAGACACUUAAUGUCGACAAGGCCGUUAGAAAGAUCAAUGUGCAAAAGGAAAAGAAGCAGCAAAAGGGCAAGCAAGACAAGGGAUCGUCAAACUCUAGCAAGUUAAAGCCAAAGAAAGAUUCGUUCAAGAAAUCUUCAAACAAAGGAUCAUCAAAGAAGGCGUUUUCGAAAUCCAAAACAUCCAAGUCUUGAUUGAUUCUUUGGAUUUUGACAAAUCACAGUUUCAUUGUAAGGUUACUUAGAUACUUUUAUGAGUUUUCAUGUGAUACAUAUGUAGUAUGAGAUCAAAAUUUUGGCCAUUUAUGCUAUUCCAUGUUUAUCUUA